AUGUCUGGUAAUAAAAUGACACAAAACGACGCUGCUCGCAUCCAGAGCGCUAAGGCCAAGUCCGGCAACGACGCCGGCUUUGUCUCCCGCGCCCAGAGUGCCGGCGAUCGUAAUGCGAACGCUGGUGCCGGCAGCAAUCAGCAGGGCGGCAAGAGUGGAGGCAGCUCGAACAGCAACUCCAGCAACAGCAACUCCAGCAAGAAAUAA